AUAUCACCGAUCAUUUCGUGGUUUAUUUCCGGUGCAAUAUAUCGCAAGAUUUGUACCGAAAAAAUAUCGAUUAAUAAUAAAGCAAUUCUUAUAACUGGUUGCGACACAGGUUUUGGUCAUCAAUUAGCCAUAAAAUGUGAUAAAUUAGGAUUUUAUGUCUUCGCCGGUGUUCUAAAUCCGGAUCAAUUGGGUGCUCAAGAAUUAGAAAAAGUUUGUUCAAAUCGAGUGGAAGUGAUUAAAAUGGAUGUCACUAAUUAUGACGAUGUGGUUAAUGUCAUAAAUAAGAUCAAAAGCUCAGGACUUGAAUUGUGGUCAGUUGUCAACAACGCUGGCAUUACUAUUAGUGCUCCGAUUCAAUGGGGAUAUGAUGUCAAAGAGUUGACUAAUAUAUUAGACGUUAAUGUUUUUGGUGCCGUCAGAGUCACCAAACUAUCGAUGCCUUUACUCAGACAAUCUAAGGGUAGAGUUAUUAAUGUGUCGAGUCUUGCAGGUCGCACCACAUAUGAUGGCAUUACAUAUUAUUCAAUGUCCAAACACGCCAUCAGAUCUUUUUCGGAUGGAUUGCGUAACGAAAUGACAAAAUUUGGUAUAAAUGUUAUAAAUAUAGAGCCCGUACUCUAUAAUACAUCAAUUAUGGAUUGGGAUCGUAUGAGAAGUACUUUUAUUAGUGUUUGGGAUCAAACUCCUGAAGAAGUGAAGACUUUUUUUGAUAAAAACUUUUUGGAAAAAUACGAAAAAUCGCUAAAAACUGUACUAAAAAGCACUCGAAAUAACAUCAAUGAAGUGAUCGAUAAUAUGAUUAAAGGCAUUGUUCUCAAAGAGCCUCAAACUGACUACAAAUGCGGCGAUAUAAUGAUUUGUAGUCAAUAUUUACAACUUGUUUGGAGCGAUGAAUUCAAUGGACAAUCGCUGGACUUUAAUGAGUGGGAUGUCGACAAUCAAUGGAUUUCUGGCAACUGCAAUGGUAUUGAACUAAUUAACUGUUUUGUUAACGAAACCAAAAACAUACAAUUAAGAGACAAUUGUUUAGCGAUGACAGCCAUUCGUGAAAAUAAAGUCCAUUUUGAUAAACAAUUUACUUCAGCAAAGAUUACUACAAAGAAAAGUUGGACUUUUGGUAGGUUUGAGAUCAGAGCUGCUCUGCCUUCCGGCAAAAUGUUGAGACCAUCGAUAUGUUUAAUACCUGUAAUAGACAGUAAUAAUUGGGCCAUUGAUGGACAAAUUGAUAUCAUGACUAACUCACAGAAGCCAACCCUUGGCAAUGGUGUACACUUUAGUGCUUCGCCUGCAAUAUACAGACCAAACAAAUAUGAAUUUAUUGCUAAACCUAAUGAAUCUUACGAUCACUUUCAUACUUAUGCUAUCGAAUGGACUCAAACACAGAUUCGUUGGUUUUUUGAUAAUAACAAUCAUUUGACAUUUAAUAUAAACGAAACGUUAAAGUUUAAUCAUUACAAUCAAUUGGGACAACCAUUUGAUAAGCCCUUCAAAUUGACGAUAUCUCUGGGCGUCGGAGGAAUAUUUUUCCCAAAUCAACAGUUAGAUUACAAUGACUACUAUGAGUGGCAGUGCUCUGCACUUAUCAUGGAUUACAAAUCAGAUAUGCAAUUAUAUUAUGUCAUCAAUUAG